AUGGAGAAGCCUUUUGAAGCUAUGAACCAGCAGCAGUCCCCUUUGACAGGGAGCUGCUGCGAGGCCCCCACGUUGUCAGUCCCCAAGGUUCAGGCACCAUUACCUGUACGGUAUGGAUACCCAAGAAUUAAUCUUCCCACCCUCGGAAUCAGAUAUCUUGGCUCCCUGUUGGAGGAGCUCACCUCCCUUAUCAGACAUGCUACCACGGCCCUGCAGAACUACAGUAACUCCCCAAGCCUCGUUGGGGAUUUGAAGGUGUUUAAUGAUGAUCAUCGUUACGAAGGGCUUGUCCUGGUGUCCACCUCAUUCCAAGAACAUUAUCAGCAGUGUCAGCAAGUUGCAGUCUACUCUGGGAAUCUGGAGCUUCUCAACCAGAUUUGUUGUGAGCUGGAAGAAGCCCAAAAUUCAAGCAUGGUGCUGGAGCCCAUUGAAUGUAUGCUGGAUCAGAUCCAAGUGUAUAAGCAAGGAAACCCGUCUGUCGAUGUAGAGCAAAUCAUUUCGCUUAUCAAGGAAUUUAUUGACAGGAGACAACCUUCCAUUAUUUCCAAUAGCAGGACGUCCUCAACUGAAGCUGUAGCUGGCAGUGCACCACUUUCUCAAGGAUCCUCCGGAAUCACAGACAUGUAUAGCUCUGAUAUUGAACCCCAGCCCAUGUCUGUGCAUUUUAUGGAAAAUUCCCAAGACUUGAAUGAAUCUGUGCAAGUUUAUGGCGAAGUAAAUGCAGAUUUAGUAAGUCCAGACAGCGGCUUAGCCACUAUUCGAAGCAAUCGUUCUUCCAAAGAGAGUUCAGUCUUUCUUAGUGACGACAGCCCUGUUGCAGAAGUAGUAAGUUCUUAUCUCAACCCUGUCCAUGGUUUCCCCUCCUUUAAUCCUGUGUGUGAAUGUGAAACUACGCAGGAGCAAAAGCCUCUGUCAGUGAGCAAGAAUGAGAAUUAUGAUAUGUUCAGCUUUGAUCCAUUACACAACAGCAAUGUCCCCUCUGUGACAAGUGAUGCUGAUUUUUCUUUUGCAAAUGAUUUCUUAAUCUUUCAGCCUUUAGACAUACAGGCGCAAACACAACUUGAUGACAGAGUAACACAAAGUCAAUUGGAAAAGGACAUGCCCACCCUUUCGGCAGAUGGAGAAGCCAGACUGGUUGAAUUCUAUGACGGAUCAGUCCAUCAGGUGGCAAAUGAAGAUAAAAUUGCAUUGGAAGAUCAGUUUUCCACAGAGUAUGCCCCAGCAGAACUUAUAAGCAACCCUAUAGGAGAUAACAUGGACAGAAAGGUUCCACGAACACCAAUGAAUAGCCUUGUAGAGUGUUCACCUUUGGAUGAUGGAUUGCCAGCUUUUUUUCCAGAAGAUGUCAUAGAGAAAAUAAGUGAAAUGGGUAACAAAGAUUAUGCUUUAGCAAGUUUUUGUCAACCUAAAAUGUGGAAUGACUUUGAGGUAGAUGCCAAGCAAACAACUUCAGAAACUGAGGGUAUAUGGAAUGCACAUGAGCAAAGUCCUGAUUUGAUAAUGGAAUAUAAUCGGACCAGCCAAGUUAAAAGUAUGUGCCCUGACCAGCCUGAAAACAUUAUUAAGGAAUAUAACUCCUUUCUGCAAGGCGAUACAGACAUGAAACAAACCGUAAUUUCCCCUAACUCAGAAGACGAGUGCCUGUGGCACGGUCCUUUUAGUCAGACUGUACUAAAGAGCACUGAUACCCUUGACCAACAUGCUGUGGAAUCACACAAUACUGUACAAUAUGACAAUAAAACCAAAGAAAUAUUAGAUGACAUACGUCAAGGCAAAAUGUUGACACAGCAGGAUGAAAAUACAUCCCCAUUAGAUAUGUGGGACAAUGCUGUACUCAAUAAAAAAGAAAGGACCCAAUUACAAGACAGUUCUGAUGAAACAAGAUUAAAUUUAAGUGGUAAAGGUCUUGAAAAUAAUGGCCCAGAGGAAAUAGGAAUAGAAACCUCGACAGCUACUGGAUCUGAAAUCAGAAAUUCUUCCUUAAAUGAUCUGCUUUGUACUACAAGCAAUGCUGACUUGUUCCCAUCUAUGGAGAAUGUUCAGUCAACUGCAUUUAGACUAGAAGGUGACAAUUGGUUCAAUAACCAAAAUGUUCAUUACCGUCAGGAAAAACAAGAUGUGGCGUGUUUUAUCAUGGAUCAUAACACUUUAACAGACCAGCCAACAUCUGUAAAUACCCAAGUUAUUACUAUAUUAUAUCAAGGGGAGACUGAGUCAGAUGUAUCGCGGUCUGAUUUUAGCCCCCUAACCCCAGACAUGAAAAAUGUGACAGCUGUUGAGACACAUUUGGCUGUGACAGAGAAAAGUAGCAAAGGUGGGCCUGUCAUCUCUGAGGAAGACAGAGAGAUUUUGUCUAACAAUCCUGUUUUGUGCAGUGAUGGUGUUUUGGAGUCUAAGCCGUUGUUCAGUGAAGACAUUUUCCCAGCAGCUGAAAACACCCAGUCUGGAUAUUCAGAAGCAUGGAAUUCACCUGUUGAAAGUCCCGCAACUGUUUUUGAGGAUACAUUUUCAACAACUGAUGUACUAGAUAUGCAAGAAAGGAAAAUGGAUGACAAUCCUGCAUUUCUGGCUUCACAGUACACCAGCAUUAUUUUGGAUGACAAACAAAAACAUCCAAUUGAAGAAAAUCUUUAUAGCAAUAACCCGUUCCCUCAAGAAAGUCAUCACGCAGAAACAUAUAACUGGAACACCAGCCUCUUUUCUUCAGAUCUUUGGAUCCCAGGCAUGCUUGGAGACAUCCAGCUUACACCCCCCGAAGAAGAAAAAAUAUUUAAACCGGAAGCACCCGAAACAUCCUAUGAUAAAGCAAAUGUGGAACUAAUGAAAGAGGGUCAACAAACUCCAGAGAUUUCAGAGAAAGGCCUUUUACCUACAAAGGAAGAAUCUUGUGAAACAGAUAUGUGGAGCAGUUUGGUUGAAAAAGACCACCAGAAAAUUAGCAACUCUGCUAUUCCAGAGAGCAUACCAAUUUGGAAUACAACCAUUAGGGAUGACACACGGUCUUGUGACACAAGUCCGGGGACCGAUGAUUCCUCAGAGAGUUCUGAAAUGUGGAAUGCACUAGGUCAGAGAGGCUCUUUGGUGAACCCUCUCCAGGUUAUGCAGGAGAGCAUGGAUAUGUGGAAUACAACCAUACAAGAGGAUUCACAGCCUUCUGAAACCACUCCUGAAGAAAGAGGAAGCAGUGGGAAUCUGGAACUAUGGGGCACAUCAACGGAAAAUCUAUUUCAGACCGAUGUGGAUUAUUUUGAAAGCUCUGAAAUUGGUCCAGCUGAAUCCAUCUGCUCAGCCAAUGAAGAUGGAGAUUUCAAUGAGGAACUCAAAAAUCAGAUGUUUGGAGUAGAACAGAACCAAACAACGAUAAAAUAA